AUGCACAAACCAACAGAUUUCAAUGGUCUUACUCGAGUUAUCAGCGCCUUACUCAUUUCGAUUACUUCUUUUUCAGAUGCACUGAAGCCACCUAGUUAUCUCCCUCAUCCUAACCCAACCAAGUCUUUCUGGCUAUAUCCGCCAUCGACAAAUCCACUGGGCGAAGUAGGAAGCACAGGCGAGCUGACUUCGAGUGCACACGUAUGCAUCAUUGGGAGCGGUAUCACAGGCGUCGGUGCUGCAUGGCAUCUAGCCAACCAGCUAGGAUCUCAGAACGUUGAGACGAAGAAGAAGAUCGCGGUGCUGGAUGCUCGUGAGUUCUGUUCAGGAGCUACUGGUAGGAAUGGCGGACACCUGACGCCAACUCUAUUUUACGCCUUCCGGGACCGAGAACGGGCGUAUGGCACGGACGAAGCGCGAAGAUCAUAUCGAAUUGAGCAGCAUACUGCCAAUAGCCUCCUCGACUUCAUUAGAGCAAAUAAUUUAGAAUCGGAGGUCGACCUCUUCGAAGGUGGCCACCUAAGCGUAUUCCGGACUGCUGAAGAGGCGGCUGGUGCGAAGGCUGAUUGGGAAGCUGCCAGGAAAGCAGACGUCGACAUGGGCGACGUGGAUGGGCAUGGGGGUGUUCGAUGGCUUGGGACAGAGGAACUCGUGGAGAUCUACGGAUUCAACCCGGAACUCAACUACACUGCUGCUUGGUUUAGCGGACACAACCUCUGGCCAUGCAAAGUCGUGACGAAACUCUUCGAAGAUGCACAAAAGCAAGAUAAUUUAGACAUCGCGCUGCACACGAAGACACCCGUAACGAGCAUAUCUAAGCUCGAUGAUGCACGGUGGAAUCUACACACCCCGCGAGGCGAGGUCGCCUGCAACUACGUCGUCCAUGCCACAAACGCAUAUGCAGGCCACCUAUUACCGUUCCUCCGAGGACAGACCCCCGAUAUAGACUACAUAGGCAGCCAAGUUCCCCUUUCCCUCCGACCACGAGCUGCCUUUGGCAUCGUUCCAACUCGAGGCCAAGUCGGCGCCGUCCAAGCAUCCGUCGACUCUCAGACCCUCAAAUGGAAGAACUCAUGGGAUGGCGGCGCAGGGUGGGAGUACUGGUUCCCGAGAUACCAGGAUGUCGAGUCGCAUGCAGGCCAUCGUCCACUGAUCAUCCUCGGUGGCGGCCGACAGCAUUCCGGUGAACAUCUCGAGCAAGGGAUCACGGAUGAUAGUGUGCUGAACGAGAGGGUUGACAAGGCGCUCAAGUCGCUCUUACCGCGGCUGUUCCCGCAUCAGUUCAAACAUGAAGACGCGGAACAGGCUUGGGAGAUGCAGUGGACAGGAAUUAUGGGCUUCACGAACACAGGAGAACCUUUCGUCGGUCCUGUCCAACCUCUGGCCUACUCAUCGAACCUCUCGGUGAAGAACCCUUACGAAGGCCAAUAUAUCGCUGCUGGAUUUACCGGGCACGGUAUGACUCGGGCAUUCGCGUGUGUUGAAGCCGUUGCGGGUAUGAUCGUCGCCAAGAUUCGAGGCGAGGAGUGGGCUACGCCGGAGUGGCUGCCGAGCAGAUAUCUGACGUGGGCGACAGAGCCGUGA